CCCCUGGGAUGGUCUAGCCUAAAAGUGUGCACUUGUUGAUCUUGAGAAAAUAGCUUGUUUAUUUUUUUAGUCGCUUACAUUUUGACUGAUUUAUUACUUAGGAUUGUAAUAUAGCAGUGACAGUUCUGACCACUGGGUUGUGACACCGUCUAGUCUGGUGUAUAUGUACCAACGGUUCGGAGAAACGAAUCCUGAAAAUGGAGGCAGUAGAUUCUUCCCAGCCUUUGAUAUAUGACAUGUCAACACAUUGCAGGAGACCGUAAUCAUAAUAUUCGCUGCCGUGGGUACCUGAGAAUCACAAUUGAGUUGCAGUUACAUUGUAAUUUUGUACGAUCAAACUACUGGAAAAAUCUAUGCAUAGACUACAAGGAGGUUGCUGUUGAAACAGUUGAAAGUGCACGUCAGAAACCAGUAAAAGCUCUGCUUAUUUGUAGUGGGCUGGCUUUCAUAGCUUACUGUGCACACAGCAAUCCAGAUGAACAGAAUUUUCGUGACAAAUUCCUCUUUCAUACAAAUGAAAUGAUACUGGUUGGAGAGCCAAUUCGUAACCCACAGGCUGUUAGUCACCUCAAGUUCCUUGAAACGUGUUAUAACAAGGGUGUAAUACGGACACUUGGUCUUGGGAUCAUUAACUUUAUGUGGAUCAGUGAUUAUGAUAAGUCAUCUGGGCUUUAUCAAGCACAUUGUGAAUACUUAGAACCAAAGUUUUUAACUUUUCAUAAACGAAUAGUUGAUAUUGGGUUCCUUGGACAGUGGUGGAUUCUGCAAAGAACUAUGAAAGACUUUGAUAUUAAUCCCUCAGAAUUUGAAAACUUGCAAAAUACUUAAGUGUGAGUAGUUGUGAUUUUGUUUGAGGUAGGAGAAGUAUAAAUAUUGUUAUUUUUUACUAAAAAUUGUCUUAUUAUGUAUAAGUUCUCUUGUGGGGGGGGGAGGUGGUGAUGUUUCACACCAUUUUUUCCUUAUGGGGACAUGGGUGUUGUCUGAGUGUAUGUUGUUGGUAUCAGUGGUUGAAAUAGGGAUGUUUCUAAUCUUUGUCCUCUUAUGUAGAUAUUGAUGUUACACAGUUGAUGGCCAUGUGUCGCAUUCUUAUACGCUAUAUUUUUAGCAUAAUGGAGUUUGUUUCUGGUUCUUUUUGUUUUGGUAUGACUUAGUUGAUUCUGAUGUUGUGAUGGUUAUGCUAUUGAGAAUGAACACUUUAGUAUCCUAAUAAACUAAACUUAUUUAUCAA